GGCGGCAGCCGCAAGGAGCGUGCGGAGUCGGCAUGUCUGGGCUGCCAGGCGUCCCGGAGCAGACACGUCCAGAGCAGGGCGCGCCAGACCCGCUGCGCGCAGGCUUCGUGGUGGGGCUGGACGUGGGCAGCUCGGUGAUCCGCUGCCACGUCUAUGACCAGGAGGCGCGGAUCCGGGGCUCCAGCGCGCAGAAGGUGGAAAGUCUUUAUCCUCAAACUGGCUGGGUUGAAAUUGAUCCUGAUGUUCUCUGGGUUCAAUUUGUUGCUGUAAUCAAAGAAGCUGUCAAAGCUGCAGGAAUAGAGAUGAAUCAAAUUCUUAGCCUUGGCAUUUCAACACAGAGAGCAACGUUUAUUACAUGGAACAAGAAAACGGGAAAUCAUUUUCACAACUUCAUAAGCUGGCAAGACCUAAGAGCUACUGACCUUGUAAAAUCUUGGAAUAGUUCUCUUAUAAUUAAGCUAAUCCGUGGUUCCUGCCGACUGCUUCAUUUUUUCACUAGAAGUAAACGACUCUUAGCAGCCAGUUUGUUCUCUUUCACAACGCAGCAUGUUUCAUUGAGGUUGGCCUGGGUUUUACAGAACCUGAUGGAGGUGCAAAAGGCAGUUGAAGAAGGCAAUUGCUGCUUUGGGACUGUUGAUACUUGGCUGUUACAUAAGCUCACGAAAGGUUCUGAAUAUGCCACAGAUUUUUCAAAUGCCAGUACAACUGGACUUUUUGACUCAUAUGAGAUGUGUUGGAGCAGGCUCAUUGCCUCCCUGCUUUCGAUACCACUCUCUCUUCUGCCUCCCGUGAGGGACACGAGCCACAAUUUUGGAACAGUGGAUGAAGAGAUAUUUGGUGUGCCUAUACCAAUCACGGCCUUGGUAGCUGACCAGCAGUCAGCCAUGUUUGGAGAGUGUUGCUUCCAUACAGGAGAUGUGAAGUUAACCAUGGGAACCGGGACGUUUUUGGAUAUUAAUACUGGAAAGAACCUUCUACAGACUGUUGGAGGUUUUUAUCCAUUGAUUGGGUGGAAGAUUGGACAAGAAGUUGUCUGCUUAGCUGAAAGCAAUGCAGGAGGCACUGGUACUGCUAUAAAAUGGGCUCAACAGUUAAAUCUCUUCACAGAUGCUGCUGAGACUGAAAAAAUGGCCAAACAUUUAGAAGAUUCUGAAGGAGUUUAUUUUGUUCCAUCUUUUAGUGGAUUGCAGGCUCCAUUGAAUGACCCUCAUGCAUGUGCCUCCUUCAUGGGUUUAAAGCCUUCCACCAAUAAACAUCAUCUUGUACGAGCAAUAUUGGAGUCGAUAGCUUUCAGAAAUAAACAGUUGUAUGACAUGAUGCAGAAAGAGAUCCAUAUUCCUAUAACAAAAAUCCGGGCAGAUGGAGGAGUCUGUAAGAACAGUUUUGUCAUGCAGAUGACCUCAGACCUGAUUAAUCAGAAUAUAGACAGACCGGUUCACAUUGACAUGUCCUGCCGAGGGGCAGCUUCUCUAGCUGGCCUUGCUGUUGGGUUUUGGACUGACAAGGAGGAACUAAAGAAACUGAGGCAAAGUGAAAUGGUUUUCAAGCCACAGAAGAAAUGGCAAGAAUAUGAAAGGAGUAUGGAAAACUGGGUCAAAGCUGUGAGACGCUCCAUGAAUUGGUAUACGAAGAUCUAGUACCAAGUGAAACGGCUGGACCCGGGGACGGCGUGCUUACAGGAUGUGCCUAUGAGACGAAGCUCAGGGAUACACAACCCUACGAUGACCGAACAGAGAAGAUUUAAAAUGAGCUUCACUACCUGAGAGGAAAAGCAUUGCUUUUCUGAAAAGCAAACGAACAAAAAAGGCAUGUUUUUAAAAUCCAAACCUUAGACUGAUAUGGCAGCAGUGCCUCAAAACUUCAGUGUCUGUUUUGUAGCAAAUUCCAGAGUCCAUCAACCAUUUCUUACCAUAUUGGGGCAGUUAUGGAGCCUCCUCCUUUUUAUACUGAGGUCAGCGGUGCAUGUGAGCAGAGUUGUUCAGUAUCUGAGCUAAUUCUGGAUCCAGCACCGUUCACACUUGGUUCCAAAAUUAUGUGGGAAGUAUUUCCUUUAAUUUUCUAGAAUUAAGUGGACUAUUGGAAGUCCACGUAACCAAAAACAAAGAACUUUUUUUUAUUAUUGUGCUUUAGGUAGGAGUUUACAGAGCAAAUUAGUUUCUCUGAGGAAGUGUAGAAUUUGAAACAUUAGUAUUUUAUGUUUGAAGCCAUAAUUGUUCAAUAUCCAAAUAUGAGCUCAAUAUAUCCCUCUCAGAGAAGCUUAUUUGCUAGCCAGUGCUUUCCUUUAUUGACCUUAAAGACACUGCCUUAAGUUUGCUUUGUUCAACGAAAAUCUGAGCAUCUUUUAUGUGUUGAAAACACUGAAAAAAUACUUUUAUUUAGUUAAUCAAAGAAGGGUUUUGAUUCUUAAGGAAAAAAAAACCAUUUUCCUUCGCAAGUAUUCUUUCUUUCAAAAAUUUCUGGUGAAAGUAUAAUAACAUCCCUUUUCUUUUUUUACAAAAUUUGUGUAGUUAACACAGAUUUUGUCUUCUAUUCUUUAUCUUUCAUAGUUGUUGGGAUACUUGCAUAAAUGUCUUUUAUUUUGAUUGUGGUUCUGACAGUUUAAUUUGCAGAAAGUGCCCUAAUUUAUUGAUGCUUAAGAUUGGCCUUCAUUGUGGUAUUUUACUUGUCCUUGUAUUUUUUUUGUGUGCGUGUGUUUGUCCAGCCUACUCACCUCUCUGAGAUAUGUGCAAUGGGUGGUUGACAUAUAUCUCAGGAGAUGGAAGUGUAUUCACGCUAACGAUGCCCUCUGGCCACUAAGCCAGAGAUCCACAGAGGGGAAUCUGGGUGGGUCCACAUUCUCCAAGUCUCUCGACAGAAAGAAUGUGGAGGGGUACCAGUUGUGAGUAGCUUCAGGCUGGGUAUAAAAUUGACCACCUUUCAACCGGUUCUCAUAUUAUAUGCCCCUCCAUAAAUUUGGGGCAGGUUCCAGUUGGAUUCGUAGCAAUAAUGAAUUUAUUCCCCUCUAAGUCAGACUUAAUCACAUCAAGUCCAGUUAUAGAAUCAGCUGUUCAAUUACAGUGUAACUAAAGGAGUAACUAUUACAGGGAAUUCUGUUGUUGCUGUUACAUAUAUCCAUUUCAGAGACAGAACUAGAGGACAAAUUGCAUUUUUGCAAAUUCCAUUUCAGUGAACUUCAAGUGUCUUCUGAAAUUAUUAAUUUUUUUUGAUGGAGGUAUUUAGCAAAUAUAUAAUUGAGACUUGGAAAUAUUUUUGCUGAGUAGAGGUGUUUUUAUUUAAUUACAUCAGAUCCCGUCAUAUAGCUUCUUCAUUCUUUGUCUUUUUACUGUUUUUUUUUUUUAAAUUGUGCUUUAGGUGAAAGUUUA